AUGUUGGACUUGAUGCAAGCGCUGCAUCACGCGCCGUCGACGGACGCGGAGCUAAGUGGACUUAUGCUGAGCGACGAGGAACUGGGCGAGUUGGGACUCGAACAGCUGGAGCAGAACGCAGACUCCGCCGUGAUGGCCAUCAUGCUGCCAGGUACACUGUCUGAGGAAGAGCAGGGAAGCCCUGCGGACCAGGAACAGGACGAGCUGGACUCGCUCUGGAGCGCCGCAUUGGGCGAACCCUCGUCGGCGCCGAGUCCGCAUGAACAGGACCCGGACCAGGACGAGGCGAUGGCUCAACUGGACGAGGAUCUGGUGAGUGGCGAGCUGUCCGAGAGCGGACCCGACGAGGUCAUGACUAUGAUGAUGAAACCCGAGGCGGCCAUGCACGCAGAUGCGCUCUUCCCGUCAUCGUCUGUAGCGCCGCUGCCCCCGCUUGGCCUACGCAACGCGCUAGUGCCGCCUCCUGCGCCCGAGAAGAAGCGCCGCGGUCGCAAACCGUCCGCCAAAGCCAAAGAGAAGAAGCCCAAGCGUCCGCCUCCAAGUGAAGCCAAGGCGCGUCUACGCAGCUACGAGCGCCGCAGUCGCCACAAACGAGAGCACACGAUGAUGACUAUGAAGGAGACUGUAGCAGCCAUGGAGAGCCGCAUCCGGGAGCUGUGCGAAGGCGUCAAGUCCGAGAGCCCCAUCCGCCAGAAGAUCUCGGAGCUCACGAUGGAGGCCACGCACCUCACCAACCACAACUACAGUCUACGCAAGGCUCUGGACGACCACCGCUUCUUCCACUCGAUGCUGCAGCUCGAGUAUGACCAUCGCGAGACGACGUCGGAUUCGGUCGUCGAGGAGCAGUUCGACCUCCACACGCCGCGGUCGUGGCGUCCUAUGGAAGAAGCCAUGUGUCUCCGUAUCAUGCGCGAUUCGUUCCUGGAGAUUGAGGCCUUUUCCAACAGUGAGGACUUCGUAACAAGUGGCUUGGAGAUCUGUGGCUGGCGUGAGAAACGAAAACUUGUGGGAAACAACGUCAACUUCAUGUUCCACAAGAAAUUCGCCAAAGACUGCAGCGAAGACCUGGCUGCGCGUAGCUGGGAGAUGCGAGCUGUACAGGACCAAGUGACGCGCUACUUCGGUCACAGUCUGGAGGUGAAAGUUGAAGUGCUACAGCGCUUCGAGAACGACGUGGUGGUUGUGCGUCGCAAGAUCAAACACACCGUGGACGGUUGGGUGCACCACACCAUUUACUUGUUGUUCCGCACCAAGACGCCCGAUGGACAUCUCGUGUGUAUUCGGGAUAUGAACCCGGAAGACGCGAACGACCUGAACAUCAUGUCGGGUUCCACGCCGCCGUCGCAGUGCGUCAUCUGGUCCAAAGCUUUUAUCUGGUGGAAAUUCACGACACUACCGGAAGUGGAAGGCCAGCCGAUUCGUGGCUUUGAAGUUGAGUACGGAGGAUCAUUGGGCUCGGCCACGUCUGCUGAUGCUGCAUUCUGGAUGCGAGAGGUACUGGUUCUAGCGUUGAGAUGGGAGAACCUAGUGGUGGGGCCGCUUAUCACACUGGGUUAA